GCCCUGGGGCCCGGGGAAGGGACGGCCCGCGCUGCGCCGGCAGGGACUUGGUUGGAGAGCCGCCGGCAGGCCGGCUCCGGGGCGCGGGGCCGGGUGCGGGCUCGCGGCCGCGCAGAGGGGCGGAGCCCGCGGACCACGUGCCGGCCGGACCCCUGCGGCUGCCCCGGCGGGAGGGCGGCUGCGGGAAUGUCGGGGCCGCGCUGGUCUCCGCCCCGGUGGAUGACAAGGAUGUCUGCCCACCUGUGACCCGGGCCUGUAGUCCCCCCGUUUCUUUGUCGACGUUUGUGGAGCACUUACUUAAUGUCGGCUCUGGGCUUGAGGGACAGGCACGGACCCAGUCUUCGUGGAACCCGGAGAGCUCAUGAACUCGGGGAAGAAUAAGGAUGUGAUUGCUGGGUGACUGAAAUACGCGUUCUCUGAGAGGGAUGGAGGGUCUGGAUUUGGAUAAGGUGAUCCGGGCAGGAGGCGAUGUCGAAGCCACUCUCUGAAGGGGAGGAGGAUACCUUCCUGAAAAGUGGGCACUUUCAGUGGAACGAAGAAGGGAAAGCCUUGUCCUGGAGCCAGGGGGGUGGCAUGGGGCGGGGACCAGCACGACAGGGUUUUCAGAGUGAAGGGCCACUCUGGAGCAAGAGAGCUGUUUGUGUGGCUGGACUUUGGGGUGGUCCCUGCUUGUCGCGAGAGCAGAUUGACCCUGGUAAGUAACUGGUGAGGGAGCAGGCCUGGCCUGGGUCGGGGAAGGACCCGGUGUUGCCUCAGAAGCAGCUCUGACACCCCUAGCUUCUAGGGAGCCCUCAACCAUAAGUGGGUUGAGCCCCACCGCCGUGCUCAGCUCCAGACGUAGGGGUUCCCUGAGAAAGCUUGGCACGCAGACUCCGAGGAGCAGGUGGCCUGUGCCGCCUCUGCGGGGCAGUCAGGCCUGGGCCCUGUGCCAGUGCCGGGGUGCCCUGCAGCUCCCCAUCGCCUCACCUUGGAGCGCGGCUGCUGUGCCUUCCCCUGGAGGAGCCUGGGGGGCAAACACGCUUGACCAGUGUUUCUGUGGAUGAAGGGUUCUUGAAGGUGAUCCUAAACAGGCGGCCGCAAAGAACGUCCCCAGUUCGUCGCGCUCUGGUGUCAGCUUCUCAAGGGCUGCAGGCAGGAAAUGCCGGCAUGAGCCCUGGCCCUGUGGCCCUGUUUGAAGAUGGCACGUGUGACUUUGAAGUGGGGGGCAGUGUGACAUUUGUGUGAAGGACAGGCGUCAGAAUGAGACACGGAGUCCCAGAUUCUCACCUCACCGACCCGGAGCCUCAGUUUACCCCACUCCCGUCUCCCAGCCGUGUGAGGUGUCAAGUGUACUCAGAAUGGUUGAGGAGGCGCGUGCAGUGCUGGAGCCGCCCGAGGAAAGGGGGCGCAGGCACCUGGCGGUCCGGGUAGAUAGACCAGGGCACCACAGACUGGGAUAGAAAAAGAACCGACGGCCAUGGCAUUGUAGCACAAAUGUCAUGCAGCUGGCUGGGCCUCAGGUGAGGUAACUUGGGCAGCCGCAGUGUGAGUGCUGAGUCUUGGGGUGCAGGGGCCCCCCUCCACGCCAGCAGGACAGGUUGGCAUUUUUGAGUGGGGCUGGACUGUCCAGGAGUCAGAGGUGGGGAAGCUUCUGAGUAGGAAUUGGGGGCUGUGGAGUUUGCCUCUAAAGAAAAUCAGAGGGCAGCCCUCUCGUGCAGUUGCCCCACUGCUGGCUCGUUCUCAUCGGCUGAAGCGUGCUGAGUGCUCGCCGCGUUCUCUUGGACACUGCACGCGUGGAAGCUCUGUUGUGCAGCACUGGUCCAGGCUGCGCCAGCCAGGGGCCCCAUCUCCCCACACCGCACACCGAUUCCCACUUGCUGUGGAAGGGGGGCAGAGAGCUGUGACCUCUGGGUGGAUGACCUGGGAGCCCCUGCCUGUGUGUGACUGCGAUGGGGUCACAUGGGCACCUGGUUACCUGAGACCGUUUGGAGGAUGAGAAUGAGGUGUGGAGGAUGAAGCCGGGGGAGGGGGCAACCCUCACCCCUCCCAGAAACCUUCCCCGUUCACCCAGCCUCACGGGGACCUCUUGGCGGAUUGGUGGGCACGGCUCUGCCAGGCCACGUCCUCGCCGUCAGGAGCCUCCAGCCAGGAGUAUCCUGGUCAGGGAGUGCUGCCAGGUUCCCUGUACGGGCACUGCACGAACUGCCCUCCCAGCUGGGCAGAGGCUGAGAAGGACUCCGCAGCCCCCAGAGUCCCUCAGCACAGCCAGGAGCGCUGAUUCGCACUGGCGCUGGGCUGGGGGAGUUGCAGAGGAAGAGCUGCUCGCUGCCUUCGCCCCAGAUCCUGGUGGCUGGGUGGGCCGUGAUCCCUCCAGGGCCUCCCACGCCUCAGUGCCCCCUCUUUUGGGAGUGGUCUUGACAUGCUUUAUGCCCCAGGGCUGGUUCUUAGUGGCAGGCGGCUUGCUCUUGGCCCUGCAGGUGAGGAGUACAGGGUGGGACCGCUUCCUCUGGUCCUGGCUCUGCCCCCUGUGUGCUCCAGUGUUGCGGGGGGCGGGGGGGGCGGAGGCCCGACUGCUCCUGUAGGACGCCCGGCCCCUAGCCGAGAGUUCUGUGCUUCCCUGGUGGCGUCCUCGCGGGAAAGUGGUUCUUCUACUGGGAGAGGUGGGCCCCUGCCUCUGACGUCGGGGGCUGUGCCGGCUGUCCUGGGGCCUCAUCCUCCAGCAGCCCUGGGGGUGCUCUUGGCCCCAUCCUGGCACUGGCUUUACCAGGCAGCCCUCAGCUGUCUGUGGUCGCCUCCCCAGGUGACAGCGCUCCUGUGUGGUGUCUCUGGGGAGUCCUCCUCCCGCCAGAGCCUUGCCACACGAAGCCCCUAUGGUGGGUGUCUGCGGAGAGCCUGCCUGGGACCUCCGUGCACGCCUGCCUCCUGCCUGCUAGCCUCUCUGUUAGCCCCGCAGGACGCCUCGCGCACCCUGUCCCGGGGUGCCUUGAUGCUGGCGCGCUGGCCGCGGUGUGGGGGAGACGGGAGGCCAGGGGCCUGGGUGGCAGGGCUGACUGGGUCCUCAGCCCCUUGGUGGCACCUCUUGUGGAUUCAGGGCCGGGCACCCCGUCUGUCCUCUCGUGCACCCUCCGGUGCCGGCCUGCGGGGACGGCACACCCUGCCCACCUGGCCUCUCGCCCCCAUAGUGGCCCUGCUGAGGGAGAGGCCUGUCCGGCGUGGGCACUGGGGCUGGGUGGCCGCCAAGACCUUCUGCCAGGUCCUUGUCGUCCUCCACCUGGUCCAGCGGUCUGGACCCAGUGGCGGUGCGGGGCUGGGGAGAGCCCACCCAGCACUGAUCCACAUGGGCAGCGGGGCACUCGAGGUGCUGGCUCACCUCCCCAGGUUGGCUCAGCUCAGCGAGGAGCUCAGAUGGGGCCUCCCAGGGCUGCCUGGCUCCGGCUAACAGGAACCCCAGCAUCUGCGCAUUUCGAGUGAUGAAGGAGCAGCGGCCGCCCCCUGGGAUUUUGGUGGAGAUCAAAGCGAAA